AUGUUUUUUUCACUUCUCAAGAAAGCUAGCACUUGCCCUAACUUUGACAUCAAUGCCACUACAAAUGAUGAUUUAAUAACUACUUAUCAGUUAGAUCCACAUCAAGCUGACAGUAAGGGUAAGCUACCAAUUCAUUAUGCUGCUGAAUCUGGUGAUAUUUUACUACUGGAAUUAUACGCGAAGGAUUACAUGUGUAGUCUGAGCCUAUUAGAUAGCAAAGGUUGGAAUGUUAUUCAUUUUUCAUCACUAGAAGGUCACACUCACUUGAUCAAUCAUAUCACCAGUCAAUAUCCUCAAUACAUUAGUUUACUACACUCUACUGAUAAUGAGGGUAGGAUACCAUUGCAUUAUGCCUGUUAUAGUGGUAAUAUUCAGUUAGUCACAUUUCUAAUCAAUGAUAUAAAGUGUGAUGUCAAUGCUAAAAAUACACGUGACAGUACAUGUGUCACAUUUGCCUGUAUAUCAGGUAAUCUUGAUCUAGUACAAUUCCUAAUACAACAGUAUAAGCUUGAGCCUUUAGCUACUGACAAACAUGGUAGAACAGCAUUACAUACAGCUGUAGGCAGUGGUCAUACUCAUAUACUGGAAUGGUACAGUCAGGAGUAUAGUGUGGAUAUUACUAAUCACACUGACAAUAACAAGUACACACUAGCUCAUGAAGCUGCUUAUAAUGGUAAGCUACAUUGUCUGCAGGAACUGAUCAACAAGUAUGAGUGUGAUGUAAAUGCAACUACUACUGAUACUGGUAGUACAGUUCUUCAUUUUGCAUGUCUAAAAGGCCAUGUUCCUGUUGUACUUUAUCUCACUAGUCUUCCUCAGUGUAAUAUAGCAGCUAAGACUUCUAUUGGAUUAAUAGCUCUUCACUUUACCUGUCUGUACAGUGACUCUGUUCCUAUACUCAAACAUCUGGUAGAGAAUCAUCACUUAGAUCUGUAUGCUAUGGAUGACAAUGGGAUAGCUCCUAUUCAUUAUGCAUGUAUGCAAGGAGGAUUAAACUUGGUCCAGUACAUUAUAGAACACAUGCCUAAUGGUAAACAUGGUCUAUCUUCAUUCUUUUUUGCAGUGUACUUCAAUCAGUUAGAAGUAAUUAAAUAUCUUAUUAGUAAGAAUUGUAAUUUAUCAGUUACUGAUGAUUUAGUGUCUUGUGCAGUUCACAUAUCAGUAGAGAGGGGUCACUUGAAUGUAUUGAAAUAUCUCAUUGAUAAUAAUUAUUGUAAUCCUAAUGCAUUUGUUCAUCAAGACUGUACACUACUACAUGUUGCUGUAGCAGUUAAUGAAUAUGAAAUAUUGGAAUAUUUGCUGAUGUUUAUUAGACAGUCCUCAUAA